AUUGUAAAAACACGUUACCAUUAUUAGUUUUGGGGAAUGUAAAUACUGCAUGAGCCAAAAUUGAUGCCGUACAGCAUUUGCAUUGCAUUAUUUAUUUUGGCAACACUGAUGUUACUUGGGUAAUAAAGCUUGCAUUUUAGUUUAUACUCGCCUUCUGUUGUGUUUUAUAUCAGUGAUGUCAGAGUGAAAUCCUCACACUUCUUAAUGUUGUGAAGGUCAAAAAACUCUCCCUCCCCCCAGUCAGAGUUCUGCUAGGCAGACACACACACAUGCAUGCACACACACACACGCACACACACACAAACCGAACAGCAAAAUGGCCGACCGUCAACUGACAGACUUUAUAGCUCGUUAGAAAACGAAGAGGUUCUGCAUAUUUGGUUUACAGUAUCAUUAAACAUACAUUCUAUUCGGAGUUUUUAAAAGGGUAUUUUUCGUCAUUCUCUACUAUUCACCUUUUGGGAAUAUUACAUUGUUUCUGUGUGCGUGUGUUUUUUUUUGCCUCGAAUGCCUCAAAACGCCAGAAUUUCGCACUCAAGCACUUUAUUUCAUGUGUAAUUCCUGAGAGAAGAGAAUUGGGAAAGGGAAGAGCAGUUCAUGGAAGACAAGAAAAGGAAGAAAGAAGAUAAAAGGAAACGGGACGCUUCCCAGAAGGUCGCAGAACAAAAAAACAAAGUGCCAGACUCGACCAAGCCCACACUCGCUCAGUCUUCGGCCGCCCCCAGCUCCGCGUCCCCCAGCCCUGGCCCCGCUCCCUCGGCCUCCCCCUUGCCCGCCGGGGCCGCGGCCGGCGCCCCCUCCCAGGGUGGGAACAAUGCCAAGCGGCCGGCGGCGUCCAACGGGCAGCCCCCCACCGGCGGAACCCAGGCCCCACAGCGCUACAUGCCCCGUGAAGUGCCCCCCCGUUUCCGCUGCCAGCAGGACCACAAAGUGCUACUGAAGAGGGGCCAGCCGCCGCUGUCCUGCAUGCUGCUGGGGGGGGGCGCCCCCGCUUCCUCGCCAGGGGACGGCACCAGUGCGACGGUAGCUGCUGCCUCAGAUUGCGGUCCUGGAUCGGCGGGCUCAGCUUCCUCACUACCCCACUCUUCCUCCUCUUCUUCCUCCUCGUCAUCGCCAUCAGUCGCUGCUUCUUCUACUAUUUCUUCUUCAAAUUAUGCAAAUUCCACGUGGGGGGCGAGCUCAGGCAGCCAGCCCCUCUCUCAGGGCUGGGAGAAGGUGAUAGUGGACAGGUCCGACAUGGAGGAGUGGCCGAGUAUUUUGGGGGCGAGCGCGGCCGGGGGGGAGACCGGCGGUGCCCCCUGGGGCGAUAGACACAUGCAGCAACAUGCGGGGGGUGCGGGGAAGGGCGGACCUCCAUCCCCCCUGUUGCCAUCCUGCCCCGCGAGGGAAUGUACACAACUAAGUGGCGUUGUUUGGGGCGGCUCGUCCCAGGCCAGUGCUGGGGGGGGCAUGAGCUCCCGGUCCAAAGGCUCUGCCCUCCCUGGGACUGCUGACGGUUGUAUGGCUACGGGCAGUGGGACCCCUGGUGCCAACUUCACCCCCAAUGCCAACCCUUCGGCCUGGCCGGCCCUCGUGCAGGAUGGGGCAGCCGGGGUUUGCUCCUCGGGGGCCGAGGGUGGGCCAUCUGCUCUACCAAACUUGUCACCGUCGUCUCAGUCUGCUGACCCUUCCUCGGGCCACCUGGCUCCCUCCCUGAACCCGGUCGGGCAUCAGCAUCAACCUCACCAAGUCCGGGAUGCCGAGCCCCUCUGCGGGGAGUGGGGGGGCAUGGGACCAAAAAAAGCUGGACUGGAUGAAGGCGAGUGCGGCCCGCUGGAUGGGGGGGAGCUCGCUACCUCUUUGUCGUCCUCGUCCUCCUCGUGCAGAGCUCUCUCUUUCUCCUCCAAUCCUAAGACGGGCGCCUCGAAGACUUGCCUCGAAGACUGGGAGGGUGGGCCGGGAGGGGGCGUGUUCUCUGGUGAAGGGGGCGGGUCUUUGACUUACGCCAGCCAGGAGGGCAAAGAGGGCAUCGGAGCUUUGGCGGGUAAAGCCUGGGGAGCAGGCAGCGGGGGCACCAGUAAGACCGCCGGGGUAUCUCAGGGAGCGUGGGGUGGGGCGGAUGGGGCAGAGCUUUCGGUGGGGGAGUGGGGCAGUACUGCGGGGGCGGCUAGCACGAGCGGGCCUAGCAAUCAGGUCGCAGGAGGCAGCAGUGGCGUAGGUACCGCACCUGCAACACGAGCUUGGGACAAUCAGAAAGGGGCCGGGGAUGAUGCAGGGGGCGAUGUCGGCGAGUGGGGGGGCCAGGGCAAGGGCAAUGGGGGCGGGGCUUCGUCCUCGAGCGGUGGUGGGCACUCCCGAGCUGGGGGUGGCCCUCACAAUCAACAUGGCCAACCCCGCCCCCACCCGGCUGCCAACCCCGAAGUGGCCUUACAGAACCUGCUCAGCCGGACUGACCUGGACCCCAGGGUGCUGUCCAACACCGGAUGGGGCCAGACGCAGAUCCGGCAGAACGUGGCCUGGGAUUUGGUUGGAGGCGCGGCUGCGUCCGCCGGCUUCAGUUCCUCCACCCCGCCGUCCUCGAACCUGAAUCCUGCUGGCCUGGCCCCUGUAUACCCCCCUGCUGCAGAGUCCGCCCCCACUGACCCAUCCGCUGCUUCCCAUCUCACGGGCGGCGUUCCGAGUUCCCAGGGGCCGAGUGCUGCCCCUCUGCCCGGAGAUGCCUGGGACGGCGGCAGUAACACUGCCCAACCAGGCCGCGGCUCCCUGCCCUCUGGCCCCGGGUUACGCAAUCCGACUGCCAGCACGCAGCCCGGCUCUGGGGGCCCGGGAAAUGCAUCGGGGAGCCAGGGGAAGGCAGCCGGGGGCUGGGGUGGGAUUGGGCAACCAGAAAACUUAGGCAAGGGGUGGGGUAGCGAGGGGCAGGAGUGGAGAGAGCGUAGAGGAGGUGGAGGAAAUGGAUGGGGAGAUUUUGGGCAACAGGGUACGGUUGGUGGCGGAGGUGGGAAUGGAUGGGGAGUAGGUGGGGAUGAGAAGGGGGGAGGAUGGAAGGACAAGGGCAGGGAGGGGUCAGGCUGGGGGCAGAGAGAUGGCAGCAGUGAGUGGGAGAAGCGGGAGCCCAAAUCAGGGGGUUGGGGGGAGGGGAAGGGGAACGGGGCCAGUGGAAGCGGGGAUGCCAACCUAGGGACUUGGGGGGGCUGGGAAGGUGGGGGUGGAGACGGGGACGGAAAAGCCCAGCAGGGCUGGGGGGGGAAAGGCCACUCUCUGCCGGCGCCAGGCGGCCAGGCAGGAGCCCCGAAGGGCACGGCACAGCAGCAGCAAUCACAGCCAACGCAGCAGGACACAGCUGGCGGCUGGGGCAGGCCAGGAGGCCCUCCGUCCCAGAACCCGAAUCAGAACCAGAACCAGAACCAAAGCUCAGGCUGGACCUCGGGCCCGGUGCCCCAGCUGCCCAGCAGCCGCCCCGAGGGCCCCGAGCCCAGCGGCUGGGAGGAACCGUCGCCGCAGUCCAUCAACCGCAAGAUGGAGAUAGAUGACGGUACCUCAGUGUGGGGCGACCCCAGCCACUACAACCACAAGAGUGUCAACCUGUGGGAUAAGAACGGCGCCCCCUCUGGCCAGGGGCAGCAGGCCUCCCACCACAGCCAGCAGCAGCAGCAGCAGCAGCAGGGCCCCGGGAGACCCACGCAGCAGCCUGCAGCUCCAGGGAACAGGGAGUCCAGCUCCGGACCUGGGAAGAAUUCUGGGAUGGCCUGGGGCAACAGCGGCGCCCCCUCCAGCUCAUGCGUAGACAAUGGCACAGCAGCCUGGGGCAAGCCUACGGAUGCCCCCACCAGCUGGGGAGACCUAGAAGAUCCUGCCAAGCCUGCUGGUUGGGGACACCCCUCCCCCAGCACCGGUCCGAAGUCUAUGCAAGACGGCUGGGGCGAGGCAGACGGCUCCGUCAGCGCCUCCCGCCACUCCAGCUGGGAGGAGGACGAGGAGAGCGGCGGGGGCGUGUGGAGCAGCACCGGCUCUCAGUGCAGCAGCUCCUCCUACAACUCCGGGGGCUGGAGUCAGGGCCACACAGCCGGGGGCAAGAAGGCCAACAGCAAGGGUGCGCUGAAGGGCGGAGGCGGAGGGGGAGACUCUUGGAUCGGCCCCAUGAGCCGGCAGUUCUCCAACAUCGGGCUCCUGGGUGAGGACCCCGGCGGAAGGGCACUAGACCUAGCCCCGGGACCUCCCCAGGACAAGAAAUUGGAUGGGGAGAAGCGGGGAAUAUCCCCAACCGACUACAAUGGAGAGAUGCGCAAAGUCGGGAGGGGCGGAGGGGGAACGGGGCCUGUCUUCCGGCCCGGAUCCAAAGAGGCCUGCUCUGCUGAGCCUGGGCCAUAUUAUGACAAGGCGGGUGGACACGGAGCGUUUGGUAGCAGCGGUGGCAUGGCUCCGUCUCGGGGGGUGCACCAGCCUGGUGUGCCGCCCAUAAAUCCAUCCCCAGGCAUACGAGCGCAAGUGCCUCAUCAGUUCCUGUCGCCUCAGGUGUCAGGCUCUGUGCUGAAGCCGAUGCCCCCCCCCAGCAGCGGCGUCGGAGGAGUGGGAGCGGGGGUGUUCCCUGCCCAGCUCUCUCCCCAGCACCUGGCCAUGCUCAGCAGCAUCUACCCCCCCCACAUUCAGUUCCAGCUGGCCUGUCAGCUCCUAUUGCAGCAGCAGCAGCAGCAGCAGCCGCCGCCACCGCAGCUCCUGCAGAACCAGAGGAGGUUCUCCCAGAAUCUGCGGCAGCAGUCGGACCCACAGCAGCUGGCCAGAAUCAUGGCCGUCCUUCAGCAACAGAAGCAGCAGCAGCAGGUCGGGGGUCCUGGCGGGGGCCCCAAACUGUCCCCGUCACAUAUGGGGGGGGGCGUGCCAAAGCAGACGAUGGCUGACCCCUUGCCCCACCCUGGCCUCGGGGGAUCUUUGGCUGAGCAGCUGCAUCAGAAGACACAAGGAGCAUACCCUGGGUUCAGCUCUGGAGUGAACCUAUCCGGUCUGGAGAUGGGCUCGAUGUUGGGGGGCCCCGGCGGAAUGAAGGACGGCGGGGGUCAACAGUCCCGGUUCAAAUGGCUGAUGGAGGGGCACUCCCCCAAUCCACCCCCCCCCGACACUGCACCACACAAGAACGGUCCCAUGUCCACACCAAUGAAGCUAAGGGGCGGCUCUCCCUACUCCCAGUACGAGUUGCUAGGAAACGACGGUCUUGGAGUGCCCCCGCCAGGCCCGUCCGAUAACUGGCAUCGAACACCGGGGAAGAUGGGCGUCAAGGCCGGUGCCUCCAGCUGGCCACCUGAGUUCCAGCCCGGAGUUCCCUGGAAGGGCAUUCAGAGCGUUGACCCUGAAUCUGACCCCAAUAUGACCCCAAGCAGUGUGCUGGGCUCCACAGGCACCUCGAGCCUCAAUGACAAUGAGCACCAGUUACUGAGAGACAAUGCAGAAUCCAACCCCUCCCUGAACACCUUGCUGCCUUCACAUGGUGCCUGGCCCUACAGUGCCUCAGACAGCCCCCUCAACAAUGCACAUAAUUCAGCAAAGUACACUGAAUACAAACCCAGCUGGCCUCCUGACCCGAUUGGACACAACAAGCUGUGGAAGGCCAAAGGCAACAGCUCUCAGAUGCCCCGCCCUCCCCCUGGUCUGACCCAUCAGAAGCAGCCCUCUGUGUCACCGUGGGCCGGGGGCGCUCCCCGAUUGGCCAGGGGUUGGGGAGGGUCUGGUGGCAGCCAGGACACUCGAUAUGGGCCAGGCUCCGCAUGGAGCGAUGCUGGGACAUCCAGAAGCAGCUGUUGGCUGUUGCUUAGCAACCUUACUCCACAGAUCGACGGCUCCACUCUGCGCACCAUUUGCAUGCAGCACGGCCCCCUGCUGACCUUUCACCUUGGCCUGACACAGGGCAGCGCUCUGAUUCGCUACAGUUCGCGGCAGGAAGCAGCCAAGGCCCAGAGUGCAUUGCACAUGUGUGUCCUGGGCAACACCACCAUCCUGGCUGAGUUUGUGAAUGAGGAGGAGGUCGGUCGGUAUUUUGCACAUUCCCAAGUGGGUGGGGGCGGGGCCAGCGGCGGAGGCGGGGCUGCCGUGAAUGUCACAGGUGCUGGAGGAGGCCAUGGGCCAUCAGGGACAGGUGCCGUGGGGGGCAGCAGCGGAGGCGGGAGCACUCCAGGAAGCGAGAGAGAGCGGGAAAGGGCAGCGGCGGUGGCAGCAGCAGGAGCAGGAUCGACUGAAGCAAGCAGCAAUGGAGGGGGUAGUGUGGGGACCGUAGGGCCUCCCUGUUCUGGAUGGCAAGGAUUGGACGGUACAGGCAGCUCUCCGGAUCCCUCCCAGUCCCAAGGAACCAGCCUGGGCCUCUUUGCCCAGUGGAGCAGCAACGGGUCUGGGGGAGCAGGAGGGAUGGGGGGUAGCAGCGUAGGGGGCGUGGAGCCUGGAAGGCAAGGGCUAUGGGGUGGCAUGGCCCCAGGCUAUCCCAGCAGUAGCCUCUGGGGGGCACCCCCAGUGGAAGACAGACACCAGAUGGGCAGUCCAGCUGCAUUGCUGCCUGGAGACCUUCUGGGAGGGGGAGCUGACUCCAUAUGAUGCUGUUUCUCUGUCUCUGUCUGUCUCUCUCUCACAAACACACACACACACAACAGCACUGGCCUGUGCAGGUACUUACAAGGCAGCACACAAGCCCUCAUGCCAAAACAUCUCAUCUCAUGAACCUAUAUCAACGGUGCAGACACACACACACACACACUUAACCUUUGCCCUAAAUGAAGACUUCAACAUCCAGACUUGAACCGACAGAGUCAGUUGGACUCAGACUCGACUGGAUAACACUUAAAUCUGGAGUGGAACUGAAAUGCAGGAAUACACGCAAGCAGAAACAGAUGCAAGGAAGUAUCUGCGUUCAACCGCUGUAAAAAACACAAUGUGCAUCACAUGGGUGUUCUCCGUGAGUUCUGGACGACCUGCAGCAUUCGUGUUGCUGUCACUCCCGUAGAAGGGAUCGCACAUCUCCUUGCACAGGGCAGGCUCAUGUUCCACAAACUAACUGUAUCUUAACGUAUGUUUUAUGUUCAGUUUAUUUGGAGCAGUGGAAUCCAGAAAUGUCUUGUUCCUCUUCAAAACUGACCUCUGGCUUUAUUAUUAUCGUUGUUAUUUUCUUACUAAGUCAAGUUCAUUAUUAUUAUGACUAUGAUUGUUUCGGUUUUAUUUACCCUUUCAAGGCACCGUCUGUUUUCAUGAGACUGAGAGGAUUGUAAUGAGGAAACAAGAUUGGAGUUUGUCCAGACUGGAAGAAUAUGUGAAAAUGAGAGACAGGGUAUUUCACGAGGGCUGUGGGCAGAAGUGGUCCGAGUGCAUUACCUGCUCCGCCAGUGUACCCUGGCACUAACUCGUCUUGAUACGUUAUUUUUUUUUUAGCAUCCUUUUGAUUUGUACCAUUUGAUCUGCAAUAAUACAAAGUGACUCUUAAAGAAGUGAUUGACAGCAUUGCACGCGGUCGGAUGCCAAAUCUGUCAGACCAAGUUGGGGGGGGGGGUACGCAAAUACCUUAAGUUACAACUGUGUGUUAGUUUUGUUGUUGAUGAAGAUCCUUUUAAAUUAUGGCAGGCUUUAACACUCCUGUUCAGUUUUUGUUUUCAUAUUCUACAAAAAGAGAAUUUUUAAAAAGGAACAAAUUAAUAAAGGUUGAAUUAAAGGCUCUGGUUAUGUUGCAUUAGACGAAAAAAGGAUUUGUGUUUACACUUGAAACACUUUGUGGUGAGAGACACCUCCCUGCUUUCAUGACAGAUCUGUUGGUCACACUGUUUUCUUUCUUUAUAUAUACACUCACUUGCACACAAACACACCUCUGCCAUUUUCACAGACUCCUUGAUUUUCUUUUGCCAGUCUGUCUAACCAGUGAUUUGUCUUAGUUUUCACGUUGCCAUGUGUUGAAAUCUUCGUAAAAAUCGUUCAUUUGCGCAGGAGUCCUUUUCGUAUGGGGUUGAUCGGUUUGAGGUACGAACUUUGGACGCAGCAUGUGCACAGACUGCUGUUCACGAAUGGCAAGGACCCCAUAUCACUCCACCCGACAGAGAUUUCCAUGCUAAAGUCAUCGUCCUUGCAGAUGAAGCAUUGUACCUCACAGUCAGGGCUCUGGGUCAUUGGUUCUUCUUAUGAUGGGGCCUUGGGUACCCGUUCAGUCUAAAUCCUGAUCUCUUGUUCUCUCGCUUCCAACUGGAUCUGUGAAGUGCACAGUGCGCUCAGUCACUUUGAAAUAUUGUACAUUCAGGAGUCUGCUGUGGCCCUCGAGAACUGUGUUAGGGGCUGCAUUCAUCAGUGUUCAGUUUGGGAGGAGGGUUCAGUUCACUUCUCAGUGCAGUUAUCUGGAGAAGAGCUAACUGCCGAGAGGAGCUCAGCCUGAGCAGAUUGGGCUUCUUGACUAGGUGUGGUUGCCCUGCUCUAGAUUUCUAGAGUUUGUAGCUGGAAACCCAUCUACUGAUGUUCAGUUUUUGGUAAUGACAUUAACAUUUUCAACUUUUUAAUUUUUUGUCUUUUUUAAAUAUAUAUAUAUAUAUGUGUGUUUGCUUGUCAGGGAUUAGUUUACAAUUGCAUAAAUAUACACAAGAAACAUACAAAGGUUACUACUGGAGUUUCUCAGCGUGUGAGGUUUAAGAUUUUUUUUAAUCAGAGUGACAUUUUUUGUCAAUGCUGUGUAUAAAUAUAUAUGUACAAUGUAAUGUAAACAAAAGGGACAUUUUGGGGGGACGGCAUGGGAGUGCAGGGCAGACCCCAACCUCCCCUUUAAAAAUCUUAAAUAAACCGCUUGUUUUCACUCAU